AUGGAUCAACUUCGGAGUAACUUUAUGCGUGUGUCUUUCUUUGAGAAGGACCAGACCAUUACCACUAUUCGUCACAUCAACGGAGCAGCGUUUACACGCACGAUGACGACUGCUGACCGAUUUGCUUCGGAAUGGCAGCCUAUACUGGGAGUCGUGCACCAUCGACUACAGCGGCCGCAACUGGAGGCUGCUUUUGAUGCAUUUGUUCAGGUUCCUGCCAGUCGCUGUCUCUCGGCAUUCGACAAUGGCAUGCUUAUAUGGGUUAUUAGCUUGACCGAAGUGAUAACUGCCAUUAAGGGCCUAAACCGGCACAAAGCAGCGGGGAUGGAUGGACUUAAUAACGAUUUUUUCAAGGACUUUCAGGCGGUCAUGGCUCCUGCUAUGGUGGCCAUUGGUAACGAGCUACUUCGGGGCGGUCAACCUCCUCCAUCCUUUUUAAAAGGGUUAAUAAUUCCUUUGCGCAAACAGGUCGACUCGCAGGAUGCGACGGACUACAGUCCGAUUGCUAUCCUACAAUCUGGGUAA